AAAGUGAGUCAGUAGGGACAGAGCUGGAGGAAGCGAGUCGCGGCGAUGACAGCCAGGGGGCUCACGCAUUCGCUGCUGUUGCUGCUGGUGGUGGUCGCGGGUGCUGCAGGCGCCCGCUGGCGCGGGGAGGGAACCACACGGCACCUCCAGAGCAUUAUCCUGGGCCGGUGCGCGGAGUAUGACGCCCUGGUGAAUCCGGACCCGCGGGGCAGGAACUGCACAGCUAUCUGGGAAGCCUUCAAAGUGGUGCUGGUUAAGGAUCCCUGUUCCGUCCUUCCCUCAGACUACGACCGUUUUAUUGACCUCUCCAGACACUCCAUUCCCAGAGACAAGUCCCUGUUCUGGGAAAACAACCACCUCCUGGUCACUAGCUACUCAGAGAAUGGCCUUCGCUUUUUGCCUUUGUGCAGUGUUCUAUACGGGAGGAUUGGAGAUUUUCUGAGCUGGUGUCGACAGGAAAAUGCCUCCGGACUCGAUUACCAGUCCUGCCCUACAUCAGAAGACUGUGAAAACAACGCUGUGGAUUCUUUCUGGAAAAGGGCCUCUAUGCAGUAUGCAAGGGAGAGUUCUGGAGUGAUCUCUGUCAUGCUGAAUGGUUCAGAGCCAUCAGGAGCCUAUCCUGUUAAAGGGUUUUUUGCAGAUUUUGAAAUUCCCUACUUCCAGAAGGAUAAAAUCACACGAAUUGAGAUCUGGGUUAUGCAUGAAAUCGGAAAACCAAAAGUGGAAUCCUGUGGAGAAGGCACUGUGAAAAUCCUGGAGGAGAGACUGAAGAAAAUGGGUUUUCAGUACAGCUGUAUAAAUGAUCACCUACCAGUGAAGCUCUUAAAGUGUGUGGACCACAGCACCCAUCCUGAUUGUGUCUUGAAUUCGGCGGCAGCAUCUAGAGAAAUCCCACCUCUCUGGGCAGAACAUGGUGCCAGUCAUAUCGUUCCUUUGCUAGUGGCUCUGGCUUCAGCUGUUCACAUGUAACCAGAAACUCUGCUGUUUGGCCCUAACUCUCCCCCAGCCCUGAAGCCUGCCCUUUGCACAUUCAUUCCUCUUGUUCUGUGCAUACCAGGUGAUUCCAUUGUCUGAUGAAGCUUCCUUCUGGGAAAACAAUGUCCUGAGAGGGGUUUUCAAUGAUGCACAUGCUCAGGAUUUCAGAGACAGGAAAUUCUUCUAGUCCUAUUGAACGGGUUAAAAUUGCUGCAUUAGAAUUAAAGCAAGUUAUUAGCUUCUUACUUCAUAAUGGUGCAAAGCAUUGAGAUCCAGACUGGUGCUCUAUAAAAAAUAUUUUUAGGAAAUUCUAAUA